AUGUGGUGGCGUCAUAAGGUGCGUUCCUCUUUGCUGCCCACGUCGCCUAGCACUCAGGCUCAGGGGCUGGCAGUCGUGCCGCUCACUGCGCCAGUGGCCCACAGGCCAUCCUGGCUAUCCAGCAUGGACUACUACGAGGUGCUGGGCCUGCCCACCAUCAAGAAGGCCUACCGCAAGCUGGCGCUCAAGUGGCACCCGGACAAAAACCCCAAGAACAAGGAGGAAGCGGAGAGGAGAUUCAAGCACGUGGCCGAGGCCUACAAGGUGUUGUCGAACUCCAAGAAACGCGACAUCUACGACCGCUAUGGCGAGGCGGGGGCGGAGAGUGGCUGCGCCAGCAGCGGACCCUUGGAGGACCCCUUCGAGUAUGUCUUCAGCUUCCGCGACCCGGCCGAGGUCUUUAGGGAGUGUUUUGGCGGCCAGGACCUAUUCUCGUUUGACUUCUUUGGAAACCCACUGGAGAAUAUUUUUGGGGCGGAGGAACUCCAAGGGAAGCAGAAGCAGAGGGUCGGCACCCCUUUUCUCCACCUUCAGUGAAUUUCCAGCUUUUGUCUCAGCUCAAAAACGGAAGACUGCUAGAGGCCUGUAUAUUAGUAUUCAUCUUUUAUAAAAGGGUUUGAUAAGGUUUUCAGAGUGGAAAAGGGGGGCAUUUCGUCUGCUGCAAAGAUGACUAUCUUGAGAUCCUUAAAAUGAAUUCCCUCCAUGGAAUUACUUGUACCUCUGACCAAGCAUGCCAGAGGAGGAAAAGCAUGACCCUGUAAGCCCCAGGAGACCUGGAGACCUGUGACCAUCUCAGUAGGGUCCAAAAAUCCAAAAUGCCAGACAUUUUUUUCUGGUUGGAGCACCACACAGCUGGUUUUAGUUCAGCUUACAUCACACACUGGAAAGCAUCUGGAAGAGGAAAUGAUCCUUUCUGUCCAUCAUCUUCUUCUCCUCUGAUUCCACUUUCUGUCUCCAAACAGGUAGAGAGACUUCCCCAUCUUGGAAAAUCAUUCAUUCACACAACAGCUUGCCUUUCUGGGAAUUUCUAAUUCCACUUUCUUGUCACAUUUCUCAGUAAAUGCAGAUUCAUUUCCUUUUCUCAGAGUUUCCUUUAAACCCUUUCAGUAUAACUUCAAUCACCACAAAUCUUAUAUUAGUCUGUUCUCACACUGCUAUAAAGACAUACCCAAGACUGGGUAAUUUAUAAAGUAAAGAGGCUUAAUUGACUCAGUUCCACAUGGCCGGGUUGGGGGCACCUCUGGAAACUUAAAAUUGUGACAGAAGGUGAGAAAGAGGCAAAGGUACGUCUCACAUGGCAGCAAGCAAGAGAGAAACAAAGAGGAAGAGCUUGUGAGUGAAAGGGGAAAAGUCCCUUAUAAAACCAUCAGCUCGGGCCAGGCGUGGUGGCUCAUGCCCACUUUGGGAGGCUGAGGUGGGUGGAUCACGUGGUCAAGAGAUCGAGACCAUCCUGGUCAACAUGAUGAAACCCCGUCUCUACUAAAAAUACAAAUAAUUAGCUGGGCACAGUGAUGCGUGCAUGUAAUCCCAGCUACUCAGGAGGCUGAGGCAGGAGAAUUGCCUGAACCCAGGAGGUGGAGGUUGCAGUGAGCUGAGAUCACGCCAUUGCACUCCAGCCUGGGUAACAAGAGUGAAACUCCGUAUAAAAAAAAAAAAAAAAAAAAAACCAUCAGCUCUCAUAAGAACACAAACACAUUCAGUACGAUGAGAACAGCAUGGGGGAAACUGCCCACAUGAUCCAAUCACCUCCCACCAGGCCCCAUCCUUAACACAUGGGGAUUAUGGAAAUUACAAUUUGCGAUGAGAUUUGGGUAGAAAUGCGGAGUCAAACCAUAUCAUUCUGCCCUGGCCCCUCCCAAAUCUCAUGUCUUUUCACAUUUCUAAACCAAUCGUGCCUUCCCAACAGUCCUCCAAAGUCUUAACUUAUUUCAGCAUUAACUCAAAAGUCCACAGUCCAAAGUCUCAUAUGAGACAAAGCAAGUCCCUUCCCCCAUGAGCCUGUAAGAUCAAAAACAAGUUAGUUACUUCCAAGACACAAUAGGGGUACAGAAAUUGGGUACAUGUUCUCAUUCCAAAUGGGAGAAAUAAAGGGGCUACAGACCCCAUGCAAGUCCAAAAUCAGGUAGGGUAGUCAUUAAAUCUUAAAGCUCCAAAAUUAUCUCCUUUAAAUCCAUGUCUCACAUCUAGGUCAUGCUGAUGCCAGAAGUGGGCUCCCACAGUCUUGGACAGCUCUGAUACUGUGGCUUUGCAGGGUAAAGCCCCUCUCCUAGCUGCUUUCAGAGGCUGGCAUUGAGUGUCUGAGGCUUUCCCAGGCACCUGGUGCAAGCUAUGUUCUGGGUUCUGGAGGAUGGUGGCCUUAUUCUCACAACUCCACUAGGCAGUGCCCCAGUGGCAACUCUGUGUGGGAGGCUCCAACCCCACGUUACUCUUCCACACUGCCCUAGCAGAGGUUCUCCAUAAGGGCUCCACCCAUGCAGCAAACUUCUGCCUGGACAUCCAGACAUUUCCAUACAUCCUCUGAAAUUUAUGUGAAGGUUCCCAAACCUAAAUUCUUAUCUUCUGUGUACCCGCAGGCCCAGCACCACAGGGAAGCUGCCAAGGCUUGACGCUUGUACCCUCUGAAGCAAUAGCCUGAGCUGUACCUUGGCCCCUUUUAGCCAUAUCUGGAGCCACUGGGACACAGGGCACCAAGUUGUGAGGCCGCACACAGCAGGGGAUGCCUACACCCAGCCCACAACAUUUUUUUUUCCUUCCUAGGCCUCAGGCCUGUGAUGGGAGGGUCUGCUGCAAAGGUCUCUAACAUACCCUAGGGCCAUUUUCCCCAUUAUCUUGGCAAUUAACAUUUUGAUCCUCCUUAUGUAAAUUUAUGCAGCCAGUUAUUUCUGCAGCCAGCUUGAAUUUCUCCCCACAAAAUGGGUGGUUUUUCUUUUCUACCACAUGGAGAGGCUGCAAAUUUUCCAUACUUUUAUGCUCUGCUUCCCUUUUAAACAUACAUUCCAAUUUCAGAUCAUCUCUCUCAAGUUCAAAGUUCCAUAGAUCUCUUGGGCAAGAGGAAAAUGCCACCAGUCUCUUUCUAAACCAUGGCAAGAGUGACCUUUGCUCCAGGUCCCAAUAAGUUCCUCAUUUCCAUCUGAGACUGAGUGUGGACUUCAUUUUCCACAGCAUUAUCAGCAUUUGGUCAAAACAGUUCAGCAAGUCUCUAGGAAGUUCCAAACUUUCCCACAUCUUCCUGUCUUCUUCUGAGCUCUCCAAACUGUUCCCUCUGCCUGUUACCCAGUCCCAAAGUCACUUCCACAUUUUCAAGUAUCUUUAUAGCAGUAACCCACUCUUGGUGGUACCAAUUGACUAUAUUAGUCCAUUCUCACACUGCUAUAAAGACAUACCCAAGACUGGGUAAUUUAUAAAGGAAAGAGCUUUAAUAGACUCUCAGUUCCACAUGGCUGGUGGGGGCGGCCUCAGGAAACUUACAAUCCUGGCAGAAGGUGAGAGAGAGGCAAAGACAUGUCUUACAUAGUGGCAUGCGCCUGCACACAAGAGAGAGAAAGCAAGACAGAGAGAGAAAGAGAGAGAGAGAGAGAGAGAGAGUGCUUGCAAGCCAAGGGAGAAGGGCCCCUUAUAAAACCAUCAGACCUUAUAAGAACUCAUUCAGAAUGAUGAGAGCAGCAGGUGGGAAACUGCCUCCAUGAUCCAUUCACCUCCCACCAGGUCCCAUCCUUGACACUUGGGGAUUAUGGGAAUAACAAUUCAAGAUGAGAUUUAGUGGGGGACACAGAGCCAAACCAUAUUAAAUCUAGUGUGACCUCAUGCUGAGAAACAGUCAUUGGCCUCACUAUUGAAUAAAUUAGCCUGUUCUUUAUCACACACGAAAGUUAGCCUGUUAAUGUGGACUUUUCUAACGGGCAGAGCAAGAGAGACACGUGCCAUAGUUCCCAAUUUGUUCUGCUCCACUGACAUGACAGUGAGGAUUUGAGCCAAUGUACUUAACUUUAGAAAAUAUGUUCACAUUGGAAAAACUGGAAGAAAAGGGCAACAGUCACUAUUUAAAUGCCAUCCCACUUUUCAACAUUUUUACAAAUCUAAUAAACACAUAUUUUAUCAUUGAAUAACUAAAUUG